GAAGAUAAGAUGCCUGCGUAAGUAGAACAGAUCUUACUUAAUUAAUUCAUAGAUGAACUGCGCUGCAGAGAGUAGGGUUGGAAACUUGGAAGGAAGAUUUGUAAAUUUGAUUGGGCUGCGCAACGCACCUUCCUGGGAGCAGUCAGUCGCGGUGGCUAUCGAAAUGGCCUCUCUUGCUGUUUUUCUCACACAUCUGGGCCGUCUCCUCGCCUUCUUGAUCGUUUUCCUCCUCCUGCUAGUGCUUGGAAUCCUCAAAGUGGUGGUCAUCACGCCCAUUGUAUUCAUCAUCGUCCUGGUGGGCAAUAUGGCGCUAAUCAUCGGGCUAUACCCAUGUCACUCUGUUUGGACUUGUUACUGCAUUCUCAGAACCAGGAAAUUUGGGGAUUUGCUCAAGCUGAUUAUUAUGCUAAUGAUGCCCAUUCCCAUUCUACUCUGGCCCGUCGCUUCCGCAAUUGGGACUGUUCUAACUGGACUUGUCUUUGGGAUCUCUCUGCCGCUCAUGGCUACCUUUGAGCCCAUCAGAGAGGGAGUCCCUAAUAAGUUGGCCAGAUGCCUCAAGGACGGGACGUGGAGCUCCAUCAAAGCGGCCUUUUUAAUCGUGCGUGAAUUCAAGGACAUUUGCUUCCAUUCCUACUUCUCUGUCAUGGAUGGGUUGCUCGAGGCCAGGGGCGAGACACUCAUGGAUAUCAAAUUAUCUCAGGUACCAGGAUGCUUAUUGGCAGGGAUUGUUGGAGUACUUGUGGAUGUGCCUAUGCUAACAUUAAUAGUCAUUUACAAGGUUCCUGUCAUGCUCUUCAAAGGAUGGAGGCAGUUAAUUCGAGAUCUCAUUGGAAGAUCAGGCCCAUUCUUGGAAAGUGUCUGUGUUCCCUUUGCCGGUUUAUUAAUUUUACUCUGGCCCGUUGCUGUCGAAUUGACUGCUAUAGCAGGAAUACUUUCUAGCUUCAGCCUUGGAUGUUAUGCUGCUGCAGUUGCAUACCAGGAGAACUCAAUGAAGAGCGGACUACUCUAUGUUAUAACUUGCAUAUCUAUGUUUGACGAAUUCACCAAUGAUUUUCUUGACAUGCGAGAAGGGUCUUGUUUCCCAAGACCUAAGUAUCGAAAGACAAGUCUUACUCGAGCUCCAACACUGCCAAUAAAACGGAUUUCAGAACUGUCUGAUUUUGCUCUUCUGAAACGUCCUCUUAUAAAGUCACCGUCAAUGAAAAUGCAGGAGCUGAAAGCAGUAGUGAUUUGGGAAAGCUUCUUCAAGGCGUGUGAAGAUUUGGGGAAAGAGCUUGUCAGAGUUGGGGCUAUUAGGGAAUGUGAUCUUGUGGCAUGGCAAAACUCCAAAAACAAGAUAGUUAACAUUGGUCUUCCUUCAUAUGUCUUUCUACAAUGUUUUAUCCGCUCAAUUAAAAAAGGAUCCGCUGGUUUUGUUAUGCGUGAUAAUAUUGAACUAACAAGCAUUAAUAGACCUGAGGGAAGGAUUUUUGAUUGGCUUUUCGAGCCUAUGCUUCUUUUGAAGGAACAGAUCAGGGUUGCGGAUUUGGAUGAUAUAGAAGAAAAUUACAUUUACAAGGUGGCUCUCUUUUGUGGAGAUGCUCAGAGAGUAACUACCUGGCAAAAUGGAGGAGUUCCACCUGCUGAUGAGGUCAAAAGAGCUCAAUUAGAGGGUUUAAGCAGAAGGUUACAUGGAUUUAGCCUUACACUUUCACGCUUGCCAACCUUUCGGCGGAAGAUGGAAGAAGUCGUGAAGGCCUUGUUACAAGAAGCCAGAAAAAAGAUGGAAAAUGACCAUGAUAUAGAAGAAACUUCAAAAGCUACACAUGCUGAAGGAGAUAUUCUGUAAGCAUGCAGGAGCGUAAUAUUAAUGUUGUCAUCUGAUGCAUUUCUUGCGAAGACAUGUACUUUUUCUCCUUAGUGUUUGCUGAUUGCAUUCCAGUCUCAAGUUUCAUCGGCUUUGACUAUGUUUGUCACCAACAAAUUUAUAUUUGCUUUCGAUAAUACUGGUUUGCAAGA